UAUAAUGUAACCGGAAAACAAGAAGAGCGUUACCGAACCAACAGAUGAUCCGUAACCUGCAACACCUCCAUGUAGCGGGUACGAGAUGCCCCAAAUUGGCUGCAAAAUGAGAGGGUUUGGCUGCUCCCUUCGCCGCAUUUGCGCCUCCCUUCCCUCCUCGUUUGCUGUCCCCUCAUUCACCAGGACAUGCCGCCUCAGCCGAGGGGUCUUCACCGGAUCCAGCCUCCUCGGUCACAGCAGUCAGCACAGGAGGAAUGUGAGCACAGCCCUCAGGCAGCCCAUACAGGACCUGAGUGCGCCGGAACAGAGACUGCUGAAUAAACUUUAUGCAGGGCUGAUCGGGGGACAGCGGGCAUCUCUGGCUGAGUCCAUCACAUUGGUGGAGACCCAGCACCCAAGGAAGAAAGAGCUGGCCCAGGUGCUGUUGCAGAGGGUGCUGGCCUACAGGAGGGAGCAGGAGGGUCGUAACGGAGGGAAGCCGGCGGCCUUCAGAGUAGGUCUGUCGGGACCUCCAGGAGCAGGGAAGUCCUCUUUCAUCGAGGUGGUGGGCAAGAUGUUGACAGGACGUGGACAUAAAGUUUCAGUGCUGGCUGUAGACCCGUCGUCCUGCACUACAGGAGGGUCUCUGAUGGGUGAUAAAACGCGUAUGACUGAACUCUCCAGGGACAUGGACGCUUUUGUCAGACCAUCUCCUGCCUCAGGAACGCUUGGUGGAGUCACCAGAACAACAAAUGAGGCCAUUGUGUUGUGUGAGGGUGCGGGAUAUGACAUAGUCCUUGUAGAGACUGUAGGUGUUGGACAAUCAGAGUUUGCCGUGGCUGACAUGGUUGAUAUGUUUGUGCUGCUGAUUCCACCAGCAGGGGGCGAUGAACUUCAGGGUAUCAAGAGGGGCAUCAUAGAGAGGGCCGACUUGGUGGUGGUGACAAAGUCGGAUGGGGACCUUGUGGUGCCGGCUAGGAGGAUCCAGACUGAAUACACCAGCGCACUCAAGCUGCUCAGGAGACAGUCCAAGUCCUGGAACCCUAAGGUGGUGCGCGCCUCCUCACACACGUUUGAGGGCAUCCCAGAGGUCUGGACAAAGAUGGAGUCAUACCGGGAUGCCAUGCUAGCCAGUGGUGAACUGCAGGGCAGGCGGAGAGCCCAGCAGAGGGUUUGGAUGUGGAGUCUGAUCCAGGAAAACGUCCUCCAACAUUUCCAAAAUCACCCCAGUGUCAGAGACGCUCUACCCCACCUCGAGGAGCGAGUCACCAAAGGAGCCAUCUCUCCUGGACUGGCUGCUGAUCUGCUUCUCAAGGCCUUCUCAUCAUCGUCAUCAUCAUCAUCAUCACCAUAGUAAUUAAUGGGACCUUACUAUUGGAGAAGGGCCACAUAGUGCCAAGAAAGACAGAAUAUGAGUAUAUGACCUUGACUCUCUGGUUUGCACAAAAGAGGCAUCGUUGUUUUUCUGAAAUUUAAAAGGCCUGAAAUAAAAUCAACCCACAACAGAACUUCAGUUUGUGCAUGCUGUUAUCCAAAUCAGAAGAGACCCGAGAGUGCUCUCACCAACUGCUCUAAGAUGUGAAAUGAUUCGCUGCAAACAGGCUGAUUUCUAAAGCAGAUUCUGGAGGUGUCGUGGACCCAAACACUACAGACUCUCAUGAACAGGUUAUCACAAAACAGAGGACCGUAACGGCCUUCUUGGUUUCUUCACAGAAAAGUUUGCACUUUACCCAUCACUCGACCUGUCGCAUGACUUCUUGUUCAUGACAUAAAUAUUGACAUUUCAAAUGGUGGCGGUAUGAUCAGUGGAAGAAAAUGAGUACUGUAAUGUUCAGCUCAUCAUCAUUGUUCAGUGAUCAAGCUUCAAACUCUUUGGAAUACAAAAAGAUAUGUGUAAAAGAAAAGAUCAAGCAUAGCAAAACAGGCAUUUUUUUAUGAUCACUUGUUGCUGAAUGGACAUUUUCUCAAUACCAACACUUUUUUUUUUUCAAAACAACUGGAUUUUAAAAUGUCUUUAAAUCUUUAUUUUGUAUUAAUGAGUGGAAAAUUAUAUUAAAGGAAUGAUGUGAAUCUUAAA